AUGAAGCUGACUUUUCCUUUUACUCUUUAUAGUUUUUUGGGUACAGUCCUGGCCUCGCCAUCGGUUAAAAUCGAGGCUGGCACUCUCCAAGGCGCAAAGUGCGGCGAUGGAAAAGAUGCAGUUUAUUACAAAGGCAUUCCAUUUGCUGAACCGCCGAUCGGGAACCUACGAUUCGAACCGCCCAAAACCUAUACCAAGUCGUAUUCCAAUGGAAUAUUGAAUGCGACUACCAACGCUCCAACUUGCGUUCAAUUUGGAGAUGAUAUGGUACCAUCUGGAAAGAAGUCUGAAGAUUGUCUUUAUCUGAAUGUUUGGACUCCUGCUACAGCCACGAAAGACUCAAAGCUACCCGUCAAAGUUUGGGUUUACGGUGGAUCAGACACAAGUGGUGGAAUAGGUUACCCAUUAUAUGAUGGUUGCAACAUGGCGAAUGAUGGCUCAAUACUUGUUUCAAUCAACUAUAGACUCGGUCCGCUCGGCUUCAUGGCACUUAACACUGCGGGAAUCUAUGGGAACCAAGGAAUCCAAGACGUCCUGCUGGGGUUAGAGUGGGUUCAGAAAAGCAUUGCGUCCUUUGGUGGUGACCCGAAAAAGGUCCUUCUCUUUGGGCAGUCAGCUGGCGCUACGGAUGUAUUUACUAUUGCUACACUUUCCCAAGCACCUUCGCUCUUCAAAAGUGUUAUCGCGGAAUCGAUCGCUCUGCCUUCAUUGGUUUCAAACCUCACUCUGCAAAAGACUAGUGCAUCAGUCGCACAGGUUCUUAAGUGCGAUCUCAAUGACAAAUCGUGUCUACAAUCCAAAUCUAUCGAGGACAUUCAAAGUGCAGUGACAUCCGAUCCUUAUAUGUACAAAGGACUUGGCACACUAAAUGGGACAAGUGUUCCUAACGGCAAAACACCGAAGUUCUGGCCUUAUGUUGACGGUACUAUCAUCAAAGAGAAUCCUCUUAAUCGUGGCGCACAAGUUCCCGCAAUCAUUGGAUACAACCAACAAGAGGGAAUGAUGGAUACCCUGACCAAGUAUAACUCUGCCGCAGCUGUCAAAGCUCUUAAUGCAACUGAUUACAAGACAUUCCUCCAAGGGAACUUCGGCUCUGCUUCUCGGAUAAUCGAGAAGUACUAUCCGUUGUCUGCAUUCAUCGCCGCUGCGGGAUCAACCGAAUUUGGAGUACUCGAAGCUAUAGCAACAGUUCUGACCGACUCUGAAUUCAAAUUCGCAGGAUAUCAGAGCGCCAGGAGUUCCGCUCGCAAUAAUGUGCCGGUAUGGGUGUACGAAUUUACCCACAAUUCGACUUGCGCAUGGUUACCGACAAUGCCCUCGGCAUUUCUCAAAUAUUUCGGCGCUGCUCACACUGCCGAAAUUCCCUAUGUCUUCGGCAACCUGGACUUUGAUUUCCCCGCCAAUAACAGUACUUGCAAUGGGACAAACGCCGAAUGGGAUCUUAGCAAGAAGAUGACGAGUUUGUGGACCGCAAUGGCAGAGAAUGCCAAACCGGCAAUUGAAGGUGUCAAGUGGCCUGAAUUCCAAAUUACAAGAAAUGGAUCUCAAACACCAGGAAUGAUAUUCGAUAACUCAACUUCAUCUGGUUAUAUUGACUUUCAAGUCUGCCAAUUGUGGGAUCAGAUUGGUGACACGAUAAACUUGAGCAAUGCGACAAGCAGUGGUACCCCCCCUCAGCAGCAGUAG